AUGUCUACCUCAAUCGCCGAGGCACAUCUGACAUCAGAUGAACGAUAUCAGCAAUCGCUCAUCUAUGGUCUGAUUAUCAGCACGGGAAUCCUGUCCAUGAUUAUCUGCAGUUUAAGACUUUACACAAGAGCAUUUAUUGUUAAUGUGUUUGGGGUGGAUGAUGUUGCUGUCUGCGUCGCAUUGGUUUUCACGCAAACCUUCAACGGGAUAGGAAUUGCGAUUGUAUAUUAUGGAGAAGGAAAACAUUUUACUAGUGUCUCUGCUGAAGAUCGAGCAAUGUGGCUCAAGCUCUACUACGUCGCAAUGUGCAUGUACCUCUACACCUCAUUGUCAGUAAAGCUUAGCUUGCUGAUAUUUCUACGACGGAUCUUCGUCAAACUUCUCAUUUUCGUGAGCGAUGUCAUUAUCUUGCUCGCCCCAAUGGUCAUUCUAUGCAGAUUACAGAUGCCUACGAGAAAGGUCGUUGCUUUGGUGGCAAUCUUUGGAUCGGGUAUAAUCGCCUGCAUUUCGCCCGUUGUACGCUUCAGCACGUUGGAUUAUUUACGUAACGGGACUACAGACCUUACCUACGACUCGGCUUCAUCCCUGUACUGGAUGGCCAUCGAGUUCAAUCUGGGCCUUAUCGCAGGCUCCCUCUCUUCACUACGACCAUUGCCUCUUUUCCGGCGAUUCGGCUCGAGUGCAAACCGCUCCCAAGAGAAGGCGUCAGCCAGCGACGAAUCACACGAGCUUGGAAAUGUCAAUGCGAGUGGGUCCAGAAGUCCUUGGAAAAACAGAAUGAGUUUUGGAAUGGAAGGGUCGAUACUGGAGGAUAGUGUCAACGGCAGCCAAGAGCGCAUUAUCCAUGCGAAGGCAGACUAUGUGAAGCCAGAGCCGAGAGAUUGA